CUGAAACGUCCCCCACCUGCUGCCAUGUGUCGCCGCCACAGGUACCUAGCUUGUCGUUAAACUUUUCCAGCUCUGGCCGGAUUCGGAGUCGCGGGACGGAGGAGCCCGGCUGGCUGCAGACGUCUGCCGCCCAGCAGGAUUCUCGGAGAGUUGUGUCCUUGGAAUCGGAGCCUUACUAGUCUCUCCAGCCCUCUCUGGCGCGGAGCGCUGCCGGCGGAGGCAGCGCCUUCCCGAAGCAGAUUAUCUUUGCACGGAUUUCUUUAAGAGAAAAAGAAACCAACAGGUUGCCAGCCCGGGCGUCACACUCAAGAUCCCGGAGAGGGAAGCCCCGGCCGCGGAUUCGUCGGUCAGCGCCGACCCUCACGGGCACCGGGAGGCAAGGGGAAGAAGGGGGCGAUGGCCAGGUCCGACCCGUCCGCGUCGCCUUCGCUGCUCCUGCUGCUGCUAGCGCAGCUUGUGGGCCGGGCAGCGGCCGCCUCCAAGGCCCCGGUGUGCCAGGAAAUCACGGUGCCCAUGUGCCGCGGCAUCGGCUACAACCUGACGCACAUGCCCAACCAGUUCAACCACGACACGCAGGACGAGGCAGGCCUGGAGGUGCACCAAUUCUGGCCGCUGGUGGAGAUCCACUGCUCGCCGGACCUGCGCUUCUUCCUGUGCUCCAUGUACACACCCAUCUGCUUGCCCGACUACCACAAGCCGCUGCCACCGUGCCGCUCCGUGUGCGAGCGUGCCAAGGCCGGCUGCUCGCCACUCAUGCGCCAGUACGGCUUCGCCUGGCCGGAGCGCAUGAGUUGCGACCGUCUCCCAGUGCUGGGCGGCGACGCCGAGGUUCUGUGCAUGGAUUAUAACCGAAGCGAAGCCACCACCACGUCCCCUAAGUCCUUCCCGGCCAAACCUACCCUCCCAGGCCCACCAGGAGCGCCAUCUUCCGGGGGUGAGUGCCCCUCGGGAGGACCAUCUGUAUGCACUUGCCGUGAGCCCUUCGUGCCCAUCCUGAAGGAGUCACACCCUCUUUACAACAAGGUGCGUACCGGCCAGGUGCCCAACUGUGCGGUGCCCUGCUACCAGCCGUCCUUCAGCCCCGAUGAGCGCACGUUCGCCACCUUCUGGAUUGGCCUGUGGUCUGUGCUGUGCUUUAUCUCCACGUCCACCACCGUUGCCACCUUCCUCAUCGACAUGGAACGAUUCCGCUACCCUGAGCGCCCCAUCAUCUUCUUAUCUGCGUGCUACCUGUGUGUGUCGCUGGGAUUCCUGGUGCGCCUGGUCGUGGGCCAUGCUAGCGUCGCCUGCAGCCGCGAGCACAGUCACAUCCACUAUGAGACUACUGGCCCUGCACUGUGCACGGUCGUCUUCCUCCUAGUCUACUUCUUUGGCAUGGCCAGCUCCAUCUGGUGGGUCAUCCUGUCGCUCACCUGGUUCUUGGCAGCUGGCAUGAAGUGGGGCAACGAAGCCAUCGCAGGCUAUGCCCAGUAUUUCCAUCUUGCUGCCUGGCUCAUCCCCAGUGUCAAGUCCAUUACAGCGUUGGCACUAAGCUCCGUGGACGGGGACCCGGUGGCCGGCAUCUGCUAUGUGGGCAACCAAAACCUAAACUCGCUGCGUGGCUUCGUUUUGGGCCCACUGGUGCUCUACCUGCUGGUGGGCACGCUCUUCCUUCUGGCGGGCUUCGUGUCUCUCUUCCGCAUCCGGAGUGUCAUCAAGCAAGGUGGCACUAAGACAGACAAGCUGGAGAAGCUCAUGAUCCGCAUUGGCAUCUUCACUUUGCUCUACACGGUGCCAGCCAGCAUUGUGGUGGCCUGCUACCUGUAUGAGCAGCACUACCGGGAAAGCUGGGAGGCUGCCCUCACCUGCACGUGUCCAGGAUCCGACUCUAGCCAGCCGCGCGCCAAACCCGAGUACUGGGUGCUCAUGCUCAAAUACUUUAUGUGCCUGGUGGUGGGCAUCACGUCGGGAGUCUGGAUCUGGUCCGGCAAGACCCUGGAGUCUUGGCGGCGUUUCACCAGCCGCUGCUGCUGCAGCUCAGGGCGGGGCCACAAGAGAGGUGGCGCUAUGGCCGCAGGGGACUAUGCUGAGGCCAGCGCAGCGCUCACCGGCAGGACCGGGCCGCCCGGCCCCGCCGCUGCCGCAUACCACAAGCAAGUGUCCCUGUCGCACGUCUAGGAGGCCUGUAGGCCCAGGGACAGUGCCGGAGUUGAAGGAGGGGCUUGUUUUGCUUGGUAACUUUGUGAAGGUCACUUCCGUUUACCUUCUUGGUGCUGGUACCCCCUUCCUGAGGGGCUUGGAGAGGGAAAGGGAUCGGUUUCAAGAGAGUACCUGUCUCCAGUCUUCUACCAGGGGGCUCAGCUCACGUGCGGUGUAUUCUAGUUUGUAUUUCUUACUGCCUUCUUUAGAAGAACCCAGUUUUUAAUUUAUAUGUAUUUUAAUUUUUAACUUUGUUGCAUUUUGGCAACAAAAAUACCUUUGCUUUGGGGACUUCACAGUCCUCAAGCGGGCAUUGUAAUGAGGUUACCCUUGGUUCAGGUUUCUUUGGACUGUGUGGUCUAAAUUAGGAAAAUAUAUUUCCUAUCCGUGUGUCUUUUUUAUGUGAAUAGUGAAGGCUGCUGUGACUGGGAAGGUGUGGAGUGCCUUUUUUUUUUUUUUUUUUUUUUAAAGCCUAGUUUUCCUUACACUGCUUAGAAUGUCCAGGACACUUAGCGACCAGAGGCCAUCUGCUGUCCUCCCUGGGAAUGGAUCCUAAUGUGCUAAGGACGAUCCCCAAGUGACGAGGGAGCUGGAGAUUUUGUGAUCCUCCUUAACCUUGCCCAGCAAGCCUUGGGCUCUUUUCAACCUGGCUGCAGUCCUUCUCAUUCCUGAUAGAGCCGGUGUCCUAUAGAGCUGGAUGUGAAUUCUGAACUUUGAGCCGGAGAGGGAGUGGGUGCUUCGUAAGAAGCUCCAGGGAUCCCUUAUUAGUAUUUUUAAAGAAAAGAAACUUGUGCUACACAUUUUUGUAAAAGUAAACCCACUCCCUUCUUCUGGAGGUACUUAGGAAUCCUUGCUAAAGGGGACUCUCUUUUAGAUUAAAGGACAAAAAACGGAUAUGCUCCCAGUAAUUAAAGUAAAUUCCCAUUGCUUCUUAUCUGCUCCUCCCACCCCACCUCCUUUAUCAUGUUAAACAGUCUUUCUUGCUUUUCUUAUUCCUCCUCCUGGAGUGCGGUGAUUAGAAGCCACGCCCACCCUCCAAUGAAGUGCUGCAGUUUGGGAGCGAGGCUCGUUACCUGGGAACAAACAUUGGCUUGGAGGAAGGAAAACAAGUGUCCCUGAACUCGGGGCUAGUUUAAAGCCAGAAAGCCCCAAAGCAGCAGCACUGUCCUCUGGUAGCCUCCGGAAAGCAAACAAGACCCAUAACUUACGCUCUGUAGAAUGGGGCAGUGUAAUACCUACUGCCCGAGGGACCCCCGCCCCCCGCCCCGCUCUCUUUGCCUCCUUCUCUGAAAGCCCGUCUAGUGACGAUCCCCCCCCCCCACACACACACACAGAGUUUCUCUGCUAUUAGAAAAGUCUGUUUGCUUUCCUAAUCUGUUUAACCAUUCAUUCACCAAGAGUGUGAGGCCAUUACUGGGGGAAAAGUGCGUGCACCAGCCAGCAAGUGCCGGUGACCAAGACAGAGUGGGAACUAAACUUAGGGAGAGAAAAUGGCCAAGCAAUUAAAACGUCACAAAGCUUUCCUAGCAAAACAGCUGGAGUCUAGGCAUCCCGGUUUUCAUUUGCAGCGGCUGGGGGUGGGGUGGGGGAUUUAAGCCUGAGUCAGCUUUACCUCCCAGGUACUGAGCGGAGAAAUGCAACAUUCCCACUGGGAAUUUAAAUGCCUAAGACUAAAUCUUUAGGUUGCUCUGAAGCCGUUCACGUUUGUAAACUGCAGUACCCUUACUCACUGAUUUGAAUCAAAAUGAAAACUUUACUGGCUUCCACAAAAUCUCUACCCCUAGCUGUAGAACUCUGGGAUUGUCUUACUCUGUUUAUUCAGAAACCUCUUCCGGGAAGCUCAAUAGGCUCCCUGUCUUCUCCUGUUUUUCAAAUGAGGCCCUUCUUAUCUACCACCUUAACCUCUUGGCUUGUUUAGCGUCUUCCCGGAGUCAGCUGUGUCUAGUUUGGGUUGUUUCCUCUUCACAAAGAAAAUUGUGGAGGAAUCUAGAAAAGACAUCAGUGUAUCUAAAAGUUGUGGGAUGAAGUGGAUGAAAUGAUUUAAUUUGUUUAAAAAUGUUUUUUUUUUUAAUCUUAGCAACAUGCUAAAGUAGAAAAAAAGAACAAUUAAUUCCCUUUGGAAAUAAGAAAGCUGGAACAGACGCGAUGCCAAGGCGGUGGCCUGUGGAGGUUUGGAAGCCUCAGAAGUCUCCUUUGUUUCUUCUCCUCUUUGCUCCUCUUUCUUCUCCCCUACCCUAAGGAGACAAAGAGAGCCCACCUGCUUCCCUUACCGACACCAGCCCCGGAAUGGCCGCCCCCCCCCCUUUCCACCACACAUGUUUCUCUCCUUCGCAUUUCUGUCAUGCUAACAGUGAAUGAAAUGACACAGAGAGCUGUGGGCUAGUUCAGCAACUGCUCUGCCAGUUUCUGCUGCUGGGGAGGACUUAGUGCUGCUCUGGCCACCUUGCCCACCUCUGUUAGCGCUGCACAGGUUAGAGGGUGAGGAUUUAGGUAGCUGAAGACAUGGGGCCUUAGUGACUCCAGUGGCCAAAUGUUAGGAAGGUUUGGUUUUUAUUUUUUUAUUAUUAUUUAAUUUUAUAUUAUUUCCCUCCUCACAUUUUGAAGUUGUCUAAAUUGGAUGAAAAUCAUUUUUCUUGGUGCCUUAUUGGCUUAUUCUUGCAACCCUUUGUCAUGUUCUCAUGUGACCAUUGCCAGUGACCGGGGCCUGCGUGCAUGCCUUGUGUGUAACUGUGCACGUGUACAAGCUUAAAUAAUGUGCCGAUGGCACUUGUUCCAAGUUGGUAUUCAUUAGGCUGUUCCCUCCUGGGCCAGGGCAGCACUAAUCUUGACACCGGCUGCCAGGAGAACAGGUCCUGGAUCGUACACAGAACCGUAAUAACAGCGGCCGUGCCCUGCCCGGGGAGUGUAGAAUGGGAACCCCAGAGCUCGGAAGCACAGUUGUCCGCGUUAAUGAACUGCUGCCCCGCGAAGAAAGCUCCUUUCACUUUUGUGCUCUACAGAAGGGCCAAGGGGGGUAGGGAGGACAAAGCUUUGAAAGAGUGCUUUCCAGCACCGGACGUGGCAGACAGGACCCAGCACAUCACAAACCUAGGCAGGUGUGAGGGCCGGUGGCUAAGAAUUGCCUGCUGCCUCUCUUGUGUUCUUUCUUGUCUCCGAAGUCCAAUCAAGUGAUCCCGGGAAAGAAACAGCCUGGGCUGGGGAGCACGGCUCAGAAAGAAAAACUCUCCGGACAUGAAAGAAGGGCGGGCAGGUUGUAACUAACCCGAUUCAAACUCUCAGAAGCUUUUGCUAGCUUGAUGACAAUUGCAGGAUUUUUUUUUUCCCAUCCAGGAUAAUGUCUGUCUGUGGCACAUCAUUUUAAGACAACAUUAAUUUACAUUGUUACAAACUAUGUAUAGUAUGUAUGUUUUGUGGGUGUGUAUAUACGUAAUAUAUAUUAUAUACAUAUAUAUAUAUAUAUGAGAGAGAGAUUUAGUGACUUUUGAUACGGGUUGGUGCAGGUGAAUUUAUUACUGAGCCAAAUGAGGCACAUACCGCGUCAGUAGCUGGAGAACAGGACAUGCAGUGCUGUGUGUGGUUCGCAUACAUGGAAAGUGCCUACCCCAUGCAGUAAGAAUCAUUGCUAUCGCGCCAAAUCCAGCACUCACAAAUCAGAGCCAGCAAUAUCUUAUUUGUAGACAAUCAGCUUGAACCUAUAGAUUAUGACUGGCAAUGGCUAUAAUUCUGAAUCCAUAACAUUAGCAAAAGGAGACACAGAGUAUCUUGAGAAGGGGUUUGCUUUGUGCCUGGAAGUCGGUGCAACAGCAAUUGUGUGUGGUUGUGUUAGUCUCAAGAUUAACUUGUUGACCUGAUUAUUUUGGAAAUUUUUUGUAUUAUAUUUGUGGGAAGGUAAAAUAAUGGUUUUCAGAUUUUUAUCAAAUAUGGAGAUUAGUUAUUUAUGAAAAACAAAGAAAUGUCUAUUUUUGUUUCUUUGUUCCCAAUUCAUGUAGAUAACUUUUUAAAAUGCAUUAAAGCAAUGGUGAAGAAAACGCAAUAAUGCUGUCGCGUCUUUUUCUCCUAUUUAUCAAGAAAUGCAUAGAAUCUGAGAUGCAGAUUCUAGCCUGAUCACCAGAUGUCUCAGAUUUCUUUAGAGUAUAAGCAACUGAAUUUUCAUCGUAUUUCAAUCACAAGAGGAACACAUUUUCCUGACCUGUGCUUCCUGGAUUUUUCCCGCCUGUACUGUGGUUUGCUUCAUUAUCCAUCUGAUGAAGGGAGCUCCAUGGGAGAGCAGAGACGUCAUUUGACUGUGUUCUGUUUUAUAGUCAUGUGUUCAUUGUCCUAUUUGAUAAGCCGCAUGCUCUGUGUGUCUGGUUGAGGGGCAGGUGUCGAAAUCAAAUCAGGAGCUGAGAGGACCAAAAUUUAUUGAGAAUGAUACCCAGUUCUCUUCCAUGUCCCCAGAUAAUGUGACUGGGCAUCAGAAUACUUAUUACUGGACUAGCUUCUGCAUGUGGGUUCCUGCCUUGGGAAAUUCAACUAAGUCCCUAAGGUAACACUACCUCAUGGUGUUCUCAGGCAUUGUGGGAAAAUGUGAGGGAAAGAUGGGUACUUAAGGCUUUAAACGUAAGGGGCAGAAACAAUAAUGUCUGUUAGAGGGAGACUGGUUGUAUGGGUAUACUGAGGCUGACCGUUGGUUCGGAUCCCAGCUCCACCUCUCAUAGUCCCUGUAUUUCAGAGUUCUCAUUUCUGAAGAGAGAAUAGUUACAUUUGGAGGUUAAAUGAGGUGAAGCUAGGAGUCUGCAGCUCUUCCCAGGAAGAGAGGCCAGCUUUCUCAGGGUCUGCAUAAUAAUCAAUGGGGGCUCUUCCUGGGAAAUGCAUCCCAGUCUCAGCCCCAGGACUGGAGAUUUAGUUAGCCCUGGGACUUUCGCUGGGUUUUGUUUUUUAUAAAGAUAUUUAAAUUUGGGAGUAGUUUUAUGUAAAUCCAAGAUUACUCAUUUAAAAAAUUGCAUGUAUAAUUAGGAGUCCUUGUUUGUUCCUUACCCUCACUUCUAAUGCUAAUCCUCUGUUUUUUUUUGUUUGUUUGUUUUGAGACAGAGUCUCUCUAUGUAGUGAUAGCUAUCCUGAAACCACAUAGACCAUACAUAGGCUGGCCUAAACUCAGAGAUCCACCUGCCUCUGGGAUUGCUGGGAUCAAGCAUGUGUUAAUGUCUCAACCAUGGUACGUGUUACAACUAGAAAGUCUUACUCCAUCAGAUUUCAUACUAAUGUCCUGGGACCCAGAGUUCAAGACACCGUAGUAUUACAUUUAGAGAAGGCUCACUGUUCGUGGGUUUUCAUCUGACGAGAGCUGGUCUGGUGACCCGACGGAGAGACAGUGGGUAUUUAAAUACAGUAAAUCAAGUCAUGGAACUGCCGAGCAGUGUUGAGUUGGAAGCGACCGCUCUGGGAGUGUGGGUGGGCUGGUGCAGGUGAGCUAAGUAGCCGGUUAUCCUGUAAUCCACAGAAAGUCUGCAUUUCCUUGAACCUGUCGCCAAUGGAGGGCUUUUAUGGUAGCCAGUGUGAGGCGUGCCAUAUUGGGCAUUGGCCAGAAAGGUUGCAGGUGACAAAGCUGUGGUGUCUACCGCAGCAGGCCCUCAGGGGCUUGAGCCAGGUAAGUGGGGGGAGAAGGGGCAUAAAGAAGCUCAGUCCGUGGAGGGAUUAGUUCUACUAGAGAACAACCAUUUGAACUUCAGGUGCUCUCUAGACUUGAAGGGUGAGGAAAGGGAGCAGCAGGGUUUUUUAAGGCAGGUUUAUCUGGGUAUCCUUUGAGGGCCUCAGAAAUACAUUAAUUGGUGUCUUGCUGAGGCUAAGUUCUGGGAAUACAAAUGAAUUUCCUUGGGCACACUGAAACUGCAGUUUUUACAGCAGUUGUAAGGCUACGUGUUUUAAAAAUAUUUUAUUAAAGACUUUCCAGACUUUUCCCUUUUAAAAGAAUGUUAACUUUCUACUGGAGUCAGGAUCCCUCAUCUAUAUACAUCCCUUCCUGCACCCCGAAGAGCUCAAAGCACAAGGUGGGAUU